AGUACGCUGACGUAUGGGGAAGUAAAAAACGGAAAACAGCGCGCUUGUUUGAAAUGGAAAAGGCGUCUCGCUACUCUCUCCGACUGAGAAAGUUGUCAACACCCAAGCUCUAUGAUGGCUACUAGAGACAGCAGUCACAUCAUGCUGCUGAAGGAAGAAGUGAGGAGUUUGUCUGAGGAGUUAGUGCAAUGCCAGGCUGACAAGGAGUUUGUGUGGUCCCUAUGGAAACGCCUCCAAGUAGCCAAUCCGGACCUGACCCAGGCCGUCAGCCUAGUGGUCGAACGAGAGAAAUGGAAAGCUGAAGCCAAGGACCGCAAGGUGCUGGAGAUCCUGCAGGCCAAAGACUACAAGAUCCAGGAGCUGGACCAGAGAGUGACAGGGCAGCAGCAGGAGAUCACCAACCUGGUCCAGAGGAAGAUGGCUGUGGACGAGGACAGAGGCCUAGUGAAGAAGGAGCUGGCAGCUCUGCGCCGCAAGCUGGGGAAUAAGAGUCAAGAACUUAAGGAUGUGAAGGAGGAGAGGGGGAGGAGAGAAGAGGCCCUGGAGGAGGAGAAGGAGGCAUUAGAGUCCUGUUGCUCUGCCCUGCGAGGCGACCUGGAGCAGGCACAGAGGCAGGAGAGGAGGCACAGAGAGGAGAAGGAGGCAUUAGAGUCCUGCUGCUCUGCCCUGCGAGGCGACCUGGAGCAGGCACAGAGGCAGGAGAGGAGACACGGAGAGGAGAGAGACUCCGCGGAUGCCAAAGUCAAGGAGAUGGAGGGUGAUCUGAGCGAUGCCCAGCGGCAGGUGGCAGACCUUCAGGGUCAGUGCAGCAGCCUGACAGACCUCCUCUCCUCCAGGCAGAAGGAGGUGGCACAGAGGGACCAACACGUCACCCAACUCGGGCGUGAGCUGCAGGAGGUGCAGGCCCUGUACAGACAGAGUAGUGAGCAUGCUGCAGAGCAGGCCCAGCUCAUCCAGCAGCUAGAAGGACUCAACCUGGACACACAGAGAGUCUUACGCAACCAGGAAGAGGCUCACACUGCAGACACCACCUCUUAUCAGAAGCUCUACAACGAGCUGAGCAUAUGUUACCAGGCGCUCAAAUCCAACGAAGGCCGGCUCCGCCAGAGUCACGUCGCCCUGACAACCCAGCUGGGCCAGAAGGAACAGCAGAUUGUGCAGCUCCAAGGCCAGCUACAGCAACAACAACAGCAGACACACAACCAGCAGCAGCUUCCACAGACCAUGGUCCCAGCCGGUCCCCCAGCCAGGCAGACCAACUCUAAACACUUUGAGGAGCAGACUCUGUAUGACUCUCCAGAUCAGGAACUCAGUGGAGAGGAGGCCCCACCCUCAACCUGUAGCCCGGUCCCACAGGAGCCCCCGGGGCCCCCAGACACAUCGCUGGCCCUCAGCCCCUCCAGGGGCCAACACACUGGGAGACGGCAGAGUGCACCGGAGCAGCUGUCCAGGUCGUUGUCCCCGGCGAGCAGCGUGGAGUCAGGAAGAGGAGUGGAAAAGAGGAUUCAUGACCUGGAGGAGCUGCUCAGACUGAAGACGGACGAGAACGAGGAGCUGCGGAGGGCCCAUGAGAAACGCCACGAGCGCCUGCGUCUCGUCCAGACCAACUACCGGACGGUCAAAGACCAGCUCCGAGAGGUGGAGGACGCACAGGGCCGGCCCAGGGGCAGGGCCCAGCAGCGGGCAGAGCCGUGGCAGCUCCGCCAGGAGAACAGCGAUGCGGUGUGGAACGAGCUGGCCUACUUCAAACACCUCAACAAGAAGCUCACUACACACAAGACUAACCUAGAGGAGGAGCUGGAUGUGUUGCGUGUCCAGGCUGCUAUGGACCGGGCCACUGUACAGGAGCUGAGGCUGUGUCUUCAGAACGAACAACAAGAGCUUCUUCACAAAGUGGCCGCUGAUCCGGAGGUCAAGAACAGCACUCCCAAAAAGCCCUCUGCCGAGAGAGUGGAGCAGUCGCUGAAGAAGAUAGAACAGUUGGAGAGGAGGACGGUCUCCAUGGAGCAGGAGACCGAGAGGCUGAGGGAGGACAACCAGCACUCCAGGAGGGGGCUGCCUCGCGACGAGGCGGCCCAUGCCCAGGCACUCGCCCAGGGGGAGACACGGCACCGAGGCCCUGGCCCUGGAGACCCAGCUGAGGGGGCCAGGAGGGAAGCCAGACGCACCGGCAGCAGCUGCCCGCUCAGGCAGGAGCUGGGCAUCCUGAGGGCGGCCCGGGACUUCAACAGGAGGCAGAGAGGACCCAAGGCUAAGAUGCUACAGUUAACAGGGCUGGCCGCAGCAGCCAAGGCUACAGCAGGAGGAGGAAUAAGUGGAGGGGCAUUAGCAAAAACAAGGUCAAAUUCAAAACAGGCAUGUGGCCCAGAGGCCCGGCGCGGCUGCACCGCCACCCCGAGCGGUUGGCCCCACCGCCAUCGGAGGAGGAGGCCGCAGCCCUGCUAG